AUCCAGAUGAUAGCAAUGCCUGGGGGAGCUUCCUCACUCUGUCCUCUGUCUGCCUUUCAGCUGUGAGAGGAACUGCAGGCCAGUUAAUGCCAGUGAAGACAUUCUGCUCAGGGUCACCAUGGGGGAGGACUCCGCAGUGGCUGUGUUCAGCUGGUAUUUGGACAACACCCCAGCAGAGCAGGCCGAGCCCCUCCCGGAUGCCUGCGGACUCAGAGGAUUUUGGCCAAGUUCCUUAACCCUCCUCCAAAGCAACACCUCCACGUUGUUGCUGAACAGCUCCUUUCUGCAGUCCUGGGGCGAGGUCAUCCGAAUCAGAGUCACAGCACUGACCAGGCACGCCUAUGGGGAGGACACCUACGUGAUCAGCGCUCUGCCUCCCGCCGAGGUGCCUGCCUGCACUGUUGCCCCGGAGGAGGGUACUGUCCUGACGAGCUUUGCCAUCUUCUGCAACGCCUCCACAGCCCUGGGACCCUUGGAGUUCUGCUUCUGUCUGGAAUCAGGUUCCUGCCUACACUGUGGCCCUGAACCUGUCCUCCCAUCGGUGUAUCUACCACUUGGAAAGGAGAACAAUGACUUUGUGCUGACAAUAGUUAUUUCGGCCACCAAUCGUGCAGGGGACACACAGCAGACCCAGGCUGUGGCUAAGGUGGCACUCGGAGACACAUGGGUUGAGGAUGUAGCAUUCCAGGCUGCAGUGUCAGAGAAAAUCUCCACAUCUCUGCAAGGCGAGGGUGGCCCCAAGCAGCUCCUCCAGCUGGCCAAGGCCGUGUCCUCCGUGCUGAACCAAGAGCACAAAAGCCAGGGCUCAGGACAGCCACUGAGCAUGGACGUCAGACAGAAGGUCAGGGAGCAUGUGCUGGGGUCGCUGUCUGCAGUCAACGCCAACUUGGAGGACAUGCAGAGGGUGCAGGAGCUGGCCGAGGUGCUGAGAGAGGUGACCCGCCGGAGUAGGGAACUCACACCCUCGGCCCAGUGGGAGGCCAGCUGGGCUCUACAGCAUGCCAGUGAGGCCCUGUUGAGAGUGAGUGCCAAGGCCCGCCCCGAGGACCAGAGGCGCCAGGCAGCCACCAGGGACCUGUUUCAGGCUGUGGGCAGUGUGCUGGAAGCUUCCCUGAGCAACACACCAGAAGAACUUGCGGAGGCCAGCGGCAGCCAGAGUGCCAUAGUGCCGCGGCUGCUUGGAGUCGUGGAGCAUGUGCAGACCGCCCUCCUGCUGGGAAAACUGCCGGGGGGCCUUCCAGCCGUGCUGGCCACCCCCUCCAUCUCUCUGUACACAAACAGAAUACAACCCUGGAGUUGGCAAGGCUCCUCCCUGCGCACGGAUGCUGCAGACUCUGCAACCUUCAUGCUGCCCACUGCCUCCUGGCUCGGCUCUCUGGAGGACGGCCAGGAGCCUGUGGAUAUAAAGAUGAUGAGUUUCCCAAAGAGCCCCUUUCCAGCCCGAAGCCGCUUCGAUGUCAGCGGGACUGUCGGUGGCCUCCGUGUGACCAGCCCUACUGGUCAGCUCAUACCUAUGAAGAAUCUGUCGGAGAAUAUCGAGAUCCUGCUGCCCCGGCGUUCACAAGGACACAGCCAACCGACCAUGUUGAACCUGACCAGUCCUGAAGCUUUGUGGGUGAACGUGACUUCAGGGGAGGCAACCUUGGGGAUCCAGCUGCACUGGAGACCGGACAUUGCGCUCACGCUCAGCCUAGGCUAUGGCUACCACCCCAACAAGAGCAGCUACGAUGCCCAAACUUACCUCGUACCAACGGCAGCUUCAGAUGAGCUGCCCACGUGGAUCCUGAGCCCACAGGACCUGCGUUUUGGAGAAGGUGUCUACUAUUUGACUGUGGUCCCUGAGUCUGACCUGGAGCCAGUCCCCGGCAGGGACCUCACAGUUGGCAUCACCACCUUCCUGUCUCAGUGUGUGUUCUGGGAUGAGGUCCAGGAGACUUGGGACGACUCAGGGUGCCAGGUGGGGCCUCGGACCAGCUCCUACCAGACACACUGCCUCUGCAACCACCUCACCUUCUUCGGAAGCACAUUCCUGGUGAUGCCCAAUGCCAUCGACAUCCACCAGACUGCUGAGCUCUUUGCCACCUUCGAGGACAACCCUGUGGUCGUGACCACUGUGGGCUGCCUGUGCGUGGUCUACGUGUUGGUGGUGAUCUGGGCGAGGAGGAAGGACGCUCAGGAUCAGGCCAAGGUGAAGGUCACAGUGCUGGAAGACAAUGAUCCCUUUGCUCAGUACCACUACCUGGUGACAGUCUACACAGGACACCGACGAGGGGCAGCCACGUCCUCAAAGGUGACUGUCACCCUGUAUGGCCUGGAUGGAGAGAGUGAACCCCACCACCUCUCUGAUCCCGACACUCCGGUUUUUGAGCGAGGAGCAGUGGAUGCCUUCCUUCUCUCCACCCUGUUCCCCCUGGGGGAACUGCGGAGCCUCCGGCUGUGGCAUGACAACUCAGGGGACCGGCCAUCCUGGUAUGUGAGCCGGGUGCUGGUCUAUGACUUGGCGAUGGACCGGAAGUGGUAUUUCCUCUGCAACUCCUGGCUGUCCAUCGAUGUUGGAGACUGUGUCCUCGACAAGGUGUUUCCUGUGGCCACGGAGCAGGACAGAAAACAAUUCAGCCACCUGUUUUUCUUGAAGACUUCCGCGGGCUUCCAGGAUGGACACAUCUGGUAUUCCAUCUUCAGCCGCUGUGCUCGCAGCAGCUUCACCCGCGUCCAGAGGGUAUCCUGCUGCUUCUCCCUGCUGCUGUGCACCAUGCUGACCAGCAUCAUGUUCUGGGGGGUCCCCAAGGACCCGGCUGAGCAAAAGAUGGACUUGGGUAAAAUUGAAUUCACCUGGCAGGAGGUGAUGAUUGGCCUGGAGAGCUCUAUCCUCAUGUUCCCCAUCAACCUCCUGAUUGUUCAGAUCUUUCGGAACACCCGUCCCCGGGUCACUAAGGAGCAGAACACCGAGAAACGGGACCAGGCGUCCCCCAACCUGACUCCUUCCCAACAGCCCGUGGAGGAUGGCCUUCUGACACCUGAGGCAGUGACCAAGGAUGUGUCAAGGAUUGUCAGCUCCCUCUUCAAAGCCCUCAAGCUGCCAUCCCCCUCCUCGGGCUGGGACUCAGUGAACCUGAUGGACAUCAACAGUCUCCUGGCCUUGGUGGAAGAUGUCAUUUGUCCACAGAACACAUCAGGGCAGGUGUUCCGGGAAGAAGCCAAAAUGAGAGAGGACCCCAUAACACUCACUUUGGGGUCAUCACAAAUGAAAGAGAAAACGCAGUGUACCAAGCCCAAGGUGGCAUGGAGUGGCCCCUGGAAGGACAGCGCCUACAGGCAGUGUCUGUACUUUCAGCUGGAACACGUGGAGCAAGGGCUGCGGCUGGUGGGGCCCCGAGGCUUCCCCCAGCACCACAGCCAUACCCGGGCCCUCAGGCAGCUACAGACCCUGAAGGGCUGCCUGGGGGUACAGCCGGGCACCUGGGCCCCUGCACAUGCCAGCGCUCUACGGGUGAGCAAACACCCUCAAGGCCUGCCCUGGUGGUGCAUCCUAGUGGGCUGGCUCCUGGUGGCGGCCACCAGUGGCGUGGCAGCCUUCUUCACCAUGCUGUACGGCCUGCACUACGGGAGGGCCAGCUCCCUCAGGUGGCUCAUCUCCAUAGCCGUCUCCUUCGUGGAGAGCAUGUUCGUCACCCAGCCCCUGAAGGUGCUGGGAUUUGCUGCUUUCUUUGCACUGGUCUUGAAGAGAGUGGACGACGAGGAGGAUACUGUGGCCCCGCUGCCAGGACAUCUCUUGGGCCCAGACCCCUAUGCCUUGUUCCGAGCACGAAGAAACAGCAGCAGGGACGUCUACCAGCCACCUCUCACCACUGCCAUUGAGAAGAUGAAAACCACCCACCUCAAGGAACAGAAAGCAUUUGCCCUCAUCAGAGAAAUCCUGGCAUACCUGGGCUUCCUGUGGAUGCUACUGCUCGUGGCCUAUGGGCAGAGGGACCCCAGUGCCUACCACCUCAACAGGCACCUCGAGCACAGCUUCACCAGGGGCUUCUCAGGUGUGCUGGGCUUCCAAGAGUUCUUCGAGUGGGCCAACACCACCCUUGUGAGCAACCUGUAUGGUCACCCCCCAGGCUUUAUCACUGAUGGGAACUCCAAGUUGAUUGGCAGUGCCCAGAUUCGUCAAGUGAGGGUCCGGGAAAGCUCUUGCCCUCUUGCCCAGCAGCUGCAGGCAUCUCUCAACGGAUGCCGUGCGCCAUAUUCCCUGGAUGCUGAAGACCUGGCAGAUUACGGAGAAGGCUGGAAUGCCACCUCCCUCAGUAAUGGCAGUAGCUUUCCCCAUGCUUGGCAGUACCAGAGCCAGGACCAACGUCGAGGGUAUCCCAUCUGGGGCAAACUCACUGUGUACCGGGGAGGAGGCUACGUGGUCCCCUUGGGGACUGAUCGCCAAAGCACGUCAAGAAUCCUCCGCUAUCUCUUUGACAACACCUGGCUGGACGCCCUGACCAGAGCUGUGUUUGUGGAGUUCACUGUCUACAACGCCAACGUGAACCUGUUCUGCAUUGUCACGCUGACGCUAGAGACCAGCGCCCUGGGCACCUUCUUUACGCACGCGGCCCUGCACAGCCUCCGCCUGUACCCCUUCACCGACGGCUGGCACCCCUUCGUGGUGGCGGCAGAGAUCAUCUACUUCCUCUUCCUCCUCUACUACAUGGUGGUGCAGGGCAAGCGCAUGAGAAAGCAAACGUGGAGCUAUUUCCGCAGCAAGUGGAACCUUCUGGAGCUGGCCAUCAUCCUGGCCAGCUGGAGUGCCCUGGCGGUGUUUGUGAAGAGGGCUGUCCUGGCCGAAAGGGAUCUCCAGCGCUGCCGGAACCACAGGGAGGAAGGCAUCAGCUUCAGUGAGACAGCAGCAGCCGAUGCCGCCCUUGGCUACAUCAUCGCCUUCCUGGUACUCCUGUCCACAGUGAAGCUUUGGCAUCUGCUCAGGUUGAAUCCCAAAAUGAACAUGAUCACGGCAGCCCUACGCCGUGCCUGGGGCGACAUUUCAGGCUUUAUCAUUGUCAUCCUUACCAUGCUCCUGGCUUACUCCAUCGCGUCGAACUUAAUAUUUGGUUGGAAACUCCGUUCCUACAAAACCCUCUUUGAUGCGGCGGAGACGAUGAUCAGCCUUCAGCUGGGAAUCUUCAACUACGAGGAGGUCCUGGACUAUAGCCCAGUGCUUGGCUCCUUCCUCAUUGGGUCCUGCAUCGUUUUUAUGACAUUUGUGGUGCUGAACCUGUUUGUCUCUGUCAUCCUGGUGGCCUUCAGUGAGGAGCAAAAAUACUAUCAGCUGUCGGAGGAAGGGGAGAUCGGAGAUUUGCUGCUGAUGAAAAUAUUCAGUUUCCUGGGCAUUAAGUGUAAGAGAGAGGAGCCUGAAAGCAGCAGGGAGCAGCCUGGGUCCCUGUCCCAGACUCGCCGCUCUCAACCAGCACAAGCUUUGCCCAAGGUCUAAGCUGCUCGUUCACACGCCACCGUCUAUGAGUGGGAACGCCCAGGGCCUCGGACCUGCGCUUACCAGCAACUCUGUAGUCUCUCUAGGUCAUAGCUUUUGUGUCCAUUGAAGAAUUACCAAGCCCAGCAAGUAAAAAAAAUUAGAAUAACAGAGACAUGUAUAAAAUUGCCAAUACUAUGAGAGCUUCUUUGUUCAAAUGUAUUUCCUCUUAUUAGAAAUAAAACAAAUAUUAC